AUGAAACACUUGAAAAUAGUAGGGUACAGAUAUUUCCAAUACUUUCAGUAUAUUCUGUUCAAAAUAUCUGGAUUGUCGCCGUGGAAGCAAGAGUUUUCUGCGUUUCGAAAAAUUGCUACCGAAGAUGAUUCUAAAAAUUUAGCUUGGAAUUUUUCUCAUGCUGGAUCGUGUUACAACAUCCUGCUGUUCACAGUAAUAAUCGUUAUGACUUUAAUUGAAAUUUUAAAAGAAGAAUUGGAGGUUAUUGAAACUGAUACCAUGUUCGGAGCAGUAUCAUCAAAAUUCAUGGUAAUUUCAAUGCUGUCAGCAAGUAUAAUCUUCAUAAUUUACGUUGUUCGCCAGACAAUUUUGAUAAAUGUCAACAAUCAAUUUAAAGUUUUGGACGCUGAAUUGAAAAAUUGUGCAGAUUAUAGAGCAGAAGACGAUACUAAUUACUCGAUUUUUACUCUUAAUUUCUUGAUGACCAUCUUUACUUUGGCAGCACGAGGAAAUGUCAUCCAGUCAGUAGUACGAACAUUAAUUUGGAGUACACCUUUCUUAAUUAGUAAUUGGCUUAUAAUUCAAUAUACAUUGUUGCUGUUUAUUAUCGAAAAGCGGUUUAAGAGAAUCAAUAGAGCUGUUUCCAAAAUGGGGACUGUCAAUAGCAAGAUAUCCCAUUCUCGUGAAUCAGUUCUUCAAGAUAUCGGCAGAAUCAAACUUGCAUAUAUUAUUUUAUGUGACAUGUGUGACCAGGCAUCUAAUUUUUACGGAUUUCCCACUUUUAUCUCAAUUUUUGUGUUAAGUAUCAGAAGUAUAUUCAUGCUGUACUAUCUAAUUUUGAAUUUGAUCCGCUUUGAAGAGAUGGACACCUUUAUAUGGCUGUACGCAUCAUUUCUACUGCGAAAUGUUUUUCUCUUCACUCUUCUGACAACUUAUGUUACAAAAACGAUAAAAGAGAAUGAGAAAACCAUCGAGGUCAUCAAUGAGCUCAGAGAUCGGUAUUUCAUGGACGAAAAAAUUGAACAGAAGCUCAAGAAGUUUUCAAAAAAUCUUCUCUACAUGAGGGUCAAAUUCACCGUUUGUGAUGUCUUACCUCUAGACAGAAGUCUUCUUGCAGUCAUUUCUGGUACAAUUACAACGUAUCUUAUGAUUAUCAUCCAAUUCCGGUUAAGUAGUAUGUCAUAUUAA